CCUGCCUCACAGUGGUCUCUUCUCUUGCCCAAGAAAAAGAGAAGGAGGACAUAUUUUAUCUGUGUGGGCUGCUGAAGUGGCCUGAACAUGAAGACUCUUAUUAAAAUAGUGUCCUGCUGUCUGAUCAUCAUUCAACUGACUGAUGGAAGGAAAUUUUGGGGUAAGAGAGCAGACUCUGAACCUGGAAAGAGGAUGAAGAUGCCCUAUGAACCUAAAUCAUUCUUCAGGCUUUACACUGACAGCAUAGACGAUACAUGCACAGUGGAGAUCUUCAAGCCUCACACACUGGACGCUUGUGGUUUUAAUAGCAGCCAUCCUCUGGCUAUCAUCAUUCAUGGCUGGUCGGUGGACGGAAUGAUGGAGAACUGGAUUUCCAGGUUGGCAUCAGCACUAAAGAGCUCAGAGAGAAGCAUCAAUGUAGUGAUUGCAGAUUGGCUGACUCUGGCACACCACCACUACCCUAUCGCUGCUCAGAACACACGCACUGUGGGACAGGACAUUGCCCACCUGCUGAGGUGGCUAGAGGAUUUCAAACAGUUCCCUGUGGGAAAAGUGCAUUUGAUUGGCUACAGCCUUGGAGCUCAUAUAUCUGGAUUUGCUGGGAGUUACCUAGCUGUAUCUGGGAAAACCUUGGGAAGAAUUACUGGUUUGGAUCCUGCAGGUCCACUGUUUGAGGGAAUGUCUCAUACUGAAAGACUCUCACCUGAGGAUGCUAGGUUUGUGGAUGCCAUCCAUACAUUUACCCAAGAGCGCAUGGGACUCAGUGUGGGCAUCAAACAGCCUGUUGCCCACUUUGACUUCUAUCCCAAUGGAGGAUCAGUUCAACCAGGGUGCCAGCUGCACGUGCAAAACAUUUAUGCACAUUUAGCCCAGUACGGGAUUAUGGGUUUCGAGCAGACAGUGAAGUGUGCCCAUGAGCGCGCUGUGCACCUUUUCAUUGACUCCCUGCUGAACAAAGACAAGCAGAUUAUGGCCUACAAGUGCAGCGACGACACCGCUUUCGAUAAAGGCUACUGUCUGGACUGCCGAAAGAACCGCUGUAACACUCUGGGUUAUGACAUCAAGAAAGUCCACACAGGCGCAAGCAAGAGACUGUUUCUCAAAACCCGUUCACACAUGCCCUACAAAUUGUUUCACUAUCAAUUCAGGAUUCAGUUCAUCAACCAGACUGAUAAGAUUGACCCCACCCUUACAGUCUCUCUAACUGGAACACUGGGAGAAAGCGAAAGUUUACCCAUAACACUAGUUGAGGAGAUUUCAGGCAGCAAGACCUUUACGUUCCUCAUCACUCUGAAUACUGACAUCGGUGACCUGAUGAUGACACGCUUAACCUGGGAGGGAAGCCCAAUGUGGGCACACAUGUGGAGCACGAUUAAGACCAUGAUACCUUGGGCCAAAAGCAGCAGAGGACCACAGCUCACAGUAGGGAAGAUCACAGUGAAAGCUGGAGAGACCCAGAGGAAAACUACGUUUUGCCCACAGACAGAUGACGGCAUGUAUAUUGAGCCGUCGCAGGAGAAGGUGUUUGUGCGGUGUGAGAAGCCGCAGGGAAAGCGGAGGAUGAUGAAGUACAGCUAAAGCAAACUCACCUCACACAUGUGAUCGUGUUUUCACAGCCAUCGGGACUAAUGUUAUAGACGGGGAAACUGGACUUAAGUGUGACAUUUAAUGACCACCAUAUUGAGGGGUCGAACGACCGUUGUUCCAAACCAAAGUGCUCAAAAUUGGCCACAAAAGGGGCACCUCCUUAACUGACAUGGAACAGUUUUUUGGUCCCCUAUCCACCUUUUUUUAACGCUGAAGUAAGUCUAAGGGUGAGACUUCCGGUUCAUUAGCCGCUAUAAGGAAAUAAUGAGAAGAAUAAGAAUUAAGUAAACGUAACACUGUUUGCACUACAAACCAGUGAGUUCAUAAUUAAGAUAACACAUUAAAAUAAUAUGGUAAGACACACCAACUUGCAAUAUUAAGCAGCAAAACGAGCUGUAUUGUAUAUAAAACAGCUGGAUGUGGAUGAGACCGGAAGCCACACCCAUAAAAUUUACAAAUGGCUGCGCCCGCUCUUACCAGACGAAAAAGGUGGAUACCUCUCAUACAUUUAAUACCAAUAGCGUGCACAGACCUCUGCAGAGGCAGUGGAGAAAUCGCAUAACAACUUUCUUAGUACCAUAUAACACUGUUAAGAGCUGUCAUCUUUGCCUUUUUUUUAAUCUCUGAAGUGUAUUACUCUUAUUAGUCCCCCAAAACUGGCUGAAUAUUGUCCCAUUACUGAUAAUUUAUUACAAUUAUUAUGAAACACAAUGUAAAAGCUCAACCUUAAAGGGAUAGUUCACUCAAAAAUGAAAAUUACCCCAUGAUUUACUCACCGUCAAGCCAUUCUAGGUGUAUAUGACUUUCUUCGUUCAGAUGAAUACAUUCAGCGUUAUAUUAAAAAAUGCCCUGGCUCUUCCAAGCUUUAUAAUGGCAGUGAAUGGGUGUUGAGAUUUUGAAGCAUAAUAAAGUGCAUCCAUCCAUCAUGAAAAGUACUCCACACAGCUCCAGGUGGGUUAAUAAAGGUCUUCUGAUGUGAAUCGAUGCAUUUUUGUAAGAAAAAUAUUCAGUUUAAAAAUUAAUAAACUCUAAUUUCUAAGUGCCAGGAUGUUUUUUAGUAUAACGCUGAUUGUAUUUGUCUGAAAGAAGAAAGUCACACACCUAGGAUGGCUCGCGUGUGAGAAAAUCAUGGGGUAAUUUUUAUUUUUGGGUAAACUAUCUCUUUAAAGCAAACAUCUGUGCAUUUGUGUGCUGUAGAUAUAUUCAGGGUAGAUCAACCUAUAACAUUUAUGUAUGUGGGAUGUACUUGUGUUUUUAAUUGUAUGAAUAAAUGUCUCAUGAAACCCCCUCACGAUAACACAUAAUAAUAAAAACAUGGAGGUAACAUAAGA